GUGUCGUUUAAUCGAAAUGACGUGGUAGAAGAACCCGAUUUUCUUACAAAUCGCUCAGUCACGUCCCACCGCUCUCUAUCAGCCUAGCUGUUACUUAUACCGUCGAUGAAGUUUUACUCUGCUACUUCUACUCGUCAAUUCCUCGCCACUGCUGCUUCAAUGUCGUCUCCAUCUCCUUAUCAAGGUGGCGGAAGAAAUCAAUGGAGACGAGGCUUCUCCGGCCUCCGUCAAUAUAGCGGUGGCGGCAGAGACUCUCAAUUCGUGACAGGAGAGUCGCAUUUUGGCUCAGUUCAUGAUGCCAAUUUAGGUAUCCGACAAGCAGCUGCAAGACCUCAAAGCCAGCAACCUCCUCAUCCUGGUUAUAAUCCAAAUCAACAGUUCAGGCGACCUCCUCCACCUUAUGUUUACAGACCAUCUCCACCGCCGUUUUAUCAGAAUCAAGGUUUUCAACGGCCAUCUCAUCAGCAAUUUCGCCCAAAACCAUUGGAUUAUCGUGAUUGGGAGUAUGCCAAAACGCAACCUCAUCCUGGUUCUGAGAAGUUUGUAGUACUUUCAUAUAAUAUAUUAGCUGAUUAUCUCGCAAUAACACAUCGGAAAAAUCUUUACUUCCACAUACCUGUCUAUAUGAUGGAGUGGGAAUGGAGAAAGAAAAAUAUACUUUUUGAGCUUAAUUUAUGGUCUCCUGAUAUAAUGUGCUUUCAGGAGGUUGAUAAAUUUCAGGAUUUGGCAGAUCAGUUAAAGCUACGCGGGUACACUGGUAUUUGGCAGAUGCGAACUGGCAAUGCAGUUGAUGGUUGUGCAAUCUUCUGGAGAGCAUCUAGAUUCAAGUUGAUCCAUGAAGAAUCUAUUGAAUUCAAUAAGCUUGGACUUCGAGAUAAUGUUGCUCAGAUAUGUGUGCUAGAGCAGUUAAUGAGUAAGAACUGCACUUCAAAUACAUCAGGUCCGUGUACGAGUUCAGCAGGUUCUGAAAAGGUAGUUGUAUGUAACGUUCAUGUGCUUUACAAUCCUAGAAGGGGAGAAAUUAAACUUGGUCAGGUCAGGACGCUUCUGGAUAGGUCCUAUGUGGUUUCAAAAAGAUGGAAUGCGCCAGUUGUUCUUUGUGGGGAUUUUAAUUGUACUCCAAAGAGUCCAUUAUACAACUUUAUCGCAGAACAGAAGUUAGAUUUGUCUGGAAUUGAUCGAGAUAAGGUAUCGGGUCAAGCUUCUGCUGAGAUACGUUUUCCAAAUCCAAACAGCAAUCCUAAUCCUGAUCCCAGGAGUCAUUCUUCCAAUAACUCAAACCAAGCUUCUCUUAUUGAGAAUAACAAACUGGAAGAACCUCUGCCAGACAUGCAGAGGCAGAUUAUCCCAGAAAAGAAUGAUGAAAAUAUUUCGUUCAUUAAUGACUGCUCUCAGCCUCAUGUUAUCAGAACCAUACCGGCUCUGUCUGAUAAAUCAUGCGCUGCUGGAGGCAGUGGGAAUAAUAGCAGUUCAAUAUGUAUCAAAGAGACAGAAACAACUCAAGAAGAUGUGAUUGAUAGUCACAAGGAAGGCACCAAAUCCACAGUCUCAGUUUUAAGUGAUAGUUUUGAAGGAAAUCUAUCUAUAUCUCGCAGUGAGAAUGAGCUGUUUCAUAAGUCAACUGCUACAGAAACUUCGCGUGGUGAAGUAGCUUCUUUGGAGAAUUCUGAAUAUAUUUCAUCCCAGUCAAUUGUUAACAAUGAGAUUAUUGAUCUUAUCCCAACAUGUCAAACAAAUAUAUCAAGUAGGUCUGUAAGCCUUUACCAUAUAGGAGAUGAUAAACUAGAGGAUCAGUCUCGUCAGGAGCUAAAUGAUUUCGAUCUGGAAGGUGGAAUGACAGGUGAAGAUCAAAGUGCAUUUUUAUCUGCACUACAUGACAAAGAAGAUUCCUUUCAAACAGUCUUUACUGAAGGCGGACAAUCAGAAUUGAUUCACUCCCAGAAUGAAUUAGAUCCAAUCACAAAUGAGGUGCAUUCACCUAGUACUGAAGUUAUUAACGAUGCUUCCCUGGACCUGGAUUCUGAGGCUUUCACUGUGGAGAAAACUGCAUACAAUCCAUCAAUGUGGACUCCGAUGGAAAUGGCAACUGCAACUGGCAAUACAGACUGCACAUUUUUGGAACAUCCUUUGAAGCUUAAAAGCACGUAUACAGAAGUUGAGGGUCGUACAGGGACGAGAGACCUAAAUGGAGAACCCUCAGUUACCAGCUAUAAUAGGCGUUUCUUAGGCACAGUUGAUUACAUAUGGAGUUCUGAAGGUCUCCAGACUACCAGAGUGCUUGCUCCAAUACCUAAACAUGCUAUGCAGUGGACACCUGGAUUUCCCACAAGGAAAUGGGGGAGUGACCAUAUUGCUUUAGCUUCUGAGCUGGUAUUUACAAAAGACGCAACGGAUAGAAAUUCAGAAGUCCAGAAAGCAUAAUCGGCAGUUACAAGUUACUGCUCGGCCUUAGCUCCCCUCAACAGAUAUAAUUUAUAUUGUACUUCCAACAAUUUUAGGUCACUGUUGUACAAUUGCUUGUAUAUAUUCUUUGUUGGAUGAAAUUUUGAUUUGUUCAUCCAUUUUUUUGUUAGGUUGCUUCAACACCUUUAUAAAUUUUGAUACAUGAAACUGGAGGCAAAAAUGAGACGAUCCGAACUUAUCAGUUUCUUAGGGGUAAAUAGUAAAAGCUCAAAUUUCGACUUUUUUUUU